UUUCUUUCUGUCACAGUCCUGACAAUCUCUCCUACAAAUAACCUAACCUCAUGCUGUUGUAUGUAACUAUAAUCAUCGGCUAAAAAAAUAUCAUAUUUGUCUAUUGUGCCGUUAGAACUGACUUCCUUGGUAAAUAGAUAGUUGACAAUAAUAUUAUAAUUGCCAAAAUGUCUCAGAAAGCUUCUACGAAGAACCCUAAAGCAAAAACUAGCGAGGAGAUCUUUACAGGCUUUCAAGCACUACGCGGUGAACAACGUCAAUUAGCCAAUAAGAUUUCGGAGUUGGAAAUGGAUCUGAAUGAGCACAAAAUAGUUAUUGAAACUCUUCGCGGUGUGGAUAAAACUCGUAAAUGUUUUCGGAUGGUGGGCGGAGUUUUAGUUGAACGCACAGUUGCUGAAGUGUUGCCUGAGCUUGAGAGCAACUGUGAACAACUGCCUAAAGCCCUGAAAGCCUUGGAGGAACAGCUGUCCAAAAAAGGACGAGAGAUUAAUGAAUAUAUAGAAUGUCAUGACAUACGCCUGCAGCGAGUAGACCAGCCGCCUGCGGAGGCAGCUCCAGAGCAACCUUCCAAGUCCAAUGUUCUGGUUGCCAGUGGUUAGGCUGGUCACUGAUAUUGCAUUGCAACUAACUGCUUUCAAACUAGUCUAAAUUAAUAAAGCAGUAUUGUGUAACUAUUUAUAUCUGAACAUUAACUAUUGUACUAAGCAGUGCUGACUUGGUUUGAAUUAUCUUGUAUAUAACACAGCACUAAGACAGUAUGACAUUGUCUGCAAUGGUCCUGGUUGGCAAUAAUUUGGAAACUACUUUGUCAAACAACAGGCAGGAGUGGCACAAUGCUAUCAGUAAUGUGUUACCUGGAGGUGGUUGUGGCCUGCUAUACAGUUGUCAACUAUUUCUUAUAACUGCUAAGUAAAUAAAGAUUAAAUAUUCUUGAUCCUUAUUUAUACAUAAGCUGAUUAUUACAAUACAACUUUAUUUGGUUACCAUUAUGUCAGCCUUCUGUCAUCCCACUACAAGGCAAACACAGAGGAUUGAGCUUGUGAUCACCAUGCUUGCUCAACGCUGAUGGAUUGUUAGAUUUAUUUAGUAAUUCUCUUUUAAUCAGUCAUUUCUAUUUAAGAUGUACAUAGAGAGUACCUACAUAUAAACUUUGUAUAUGAAAAGUUUCAUUGGUACUUGCCUGACAUGGUAAUGACCCCAUCUAGGCCACCACUGAUAUAUUGUUGACACUCAAUGCAAUUCUCUCUCUCAGUCAUAUUCUCGAAUUUGUGUAAUGUCUUUCUUGGACCUAUAAGCCUCGUAUCCACUAGGUAACAUUUGUCGAGUGGAGACGUGAUGCACAACAACAUCCAUAUUUCGUCCAACGCGCAACGCGUGCAAGUUCCUCUGGCGACAUGUUGUCGACGACUGAGAAUGUGUGGACAGACAAUGUUGUUAAACGAAUGUUCCGCGUCAACAUUCAACAAGUUGCAAAACAUGUUGAGCAACAUGUCGCGCGUCAAAUGUUGCCUAAUGGAUACGAUGGAUUAUGGAUACAGGCCAACACAAGUGUCAUUGAGCCUGAUGUAAGCAUGUGUUAUCCAAAAUAAAAACCAAUUUCAAAAUUGUAUACAAUUUAAUAAAAAAUAAACAAUCUAUUUUGUAACAAGUCAAUAUUAAUUGGAUAGAUUACCCUAAUACCCUAAAAAAUAUUUAACAAAUGGUUUAUAACCAUUCUCUUUCAAGUCUAUGUACUUUCUUAUACUAUUAUGAUUUCAUAUGACAUAAGAAUAAUAGUUGGUACUAUCAAAUAAAGUAAUUAAUUAUUAAUAUUUAA